AUGGGGGCCCCCACAGGGCUGUUAGAGGGGGGCCCUUGGAAUUUCUCGCCCCGUGAAGAUCUGCAGCAAAGGAAAAGUCUUGGGGAGGGGCCCCCCAGCGGGGGCCCCACAGCAGCAGCAGCAGGGGGGCCCCCAGCUGUACCUGAGGGGCCUCCGGGGGCCGACACUGAGGGGUCCCCCACAGGGGCACCAAAGGAGGCCCCUGGAGAAGCUCUUGGGGGCCCCCCUGGAGCUUCAUCACCAGAAGAUCUGAAAUUGUCUCCCGAAGAAACCCUAGAGGGGGCCCCAGAGGGGCCCCCAGAAAGUGCCCUAGAGGGGCCCCCAGGGCGGGCUCCUGGGGAGGCCCCAGAGGGGGCCCCAGAGGGGGCCCCAGAGGGGGCCCCAGAGGGGGCCCCAGAGGGGGCCCCGGAGGGGGCACCAGAGGGGGCUUUAGGGGGGCCCCCAGGGGGGGCCCCCGAGGGGCAUCCAGGGCGGGCCCCCGGAGAUAUGCUAAAGAACAGCCUGAAAAGGGCCCCUAGUGAAGGGGACUUGAGGGAAGGGCCCCCAAGGGGGGCCCCUGAGGGGGCCCUAGAGGGGCCCCCUGAAGCAGCAGCAGAGGGGGCCCCUGCAGGGGCCCCAGGAGGGGCUAAAGAGACCCCCCUGGGGUCACCUGAGGGGGCCCCUGCUGCAGAGGCCUUGGGGGCCCCUUUUGCUGCCAAAGGGGCCCCCAAAGGGGUUCCUGAAGAGGCCCCAGAGGGGGCCCUUGGGGGGCCCCCCCUUGGGGCCCCCCCAGCUGCCCUUGGAGGCCCUCUUUAUGAACCACUGGGGCCCCCUGAAGCAUUAGAAGCAGCAGCAGAUGGGGACGAGGGAGCUGCUGUUGAGGCUCCCGUUGCUGCUGCUGCUGCUUGUGAUGAUGAUGAUGAUGUUGCUGCUGAUGAUGAUGAUUAUGCUGCUGCUGCUGCUGCUGCAGCUGCUGCUCCUGGGGACAGCGAAAUGGCAGGGGGGCCCCUGGGGGCCCCUGGGGGCCCCCUGGGUUCAGCUGUGUCUUUGCUGGCCCCGCCCUCAGGAGACACCAAAAGAGACACCUGGAGUGCAUUCAUACACUUCAAAAAGAAAAAACAGAUCUGA